AUGGCUCGUAUGGCUGUGUCGGACGUCCAAACUCCACCAAUACCCAACUUCCAGAUGUCCGAUUAUGAGUUCCCCACACUCCACUACAACGGCUCUCCCCUAGGCACACCCUCGAUAACAUCAGCCGCGACCUCUCUGGAACAGCUCUACGGCCUGACAGGUGGUGGCCCCACACGCCCUCCACCAGGACUUAGUCCUUUUGCAAACUUCACUCCCGGAGGCGGUAGCCGCCCGCAGUCUAGAACCGGCAGUCGCCAGACUUCGCGUGCCACCACACCUUCGGUGCUCGCAGUCGACGAUAACGACGCUUUCCCUAGUCUGGGUUCCGCUGCUGCUGCUAAGACUGGAAAGCGUCACCACGGCAAGCGAGGUGGACAUGGCCAUCACAAAGAUGCUCCAGGACCUAACAAUCUUGCAGAUGUCGUUCGCAUGUCGCCUGUUCCGGCUCCUGCCACUCCGGCUCGCAAGGGAUUGAGACCGACUAAGAGCUUUACAGGCUCUCGUGAGAACAGUGUGGCUGCCCAGGCGAUACCCGCUCCUCAGCACAUUCCAUGGCUGGAGACAGGUGAGAAGGGCAAUCAGGCUUAUCUCAAAGCUCGCGCCGAGGCUUUCAAGCAUGGCAGUCUGCGCAACAAGUUUUUGCAGAGCGCUGCUCAAGCUUGGAAUCGCAGCGAUUCGCGCGCGGCUAAAGCUCUUAGUCUUAGGGGGCAGAGUGAGAACAACCUGAUGCGUGAAGCUCACCGUGAAGCUGCUCGUAUCCUUUACGAAGAUCGCAAUAAGGACAGCGACGGCUCGAGAGAGCUGUAUGUUGAUCUUCACGGUCUGCAUCCAGAUGAGUCGGUUUCGUAUCUCGAAGGCAUCCUUCUCAAGCACAGCUCUUCUUCGCGUCCGGUCUACGCUAUUACAGGAACAGGUCACCACUCCAAGAACGGCAAGGACAAAGUUGGCAAGGCUAUUCGCGGCUUCCUGAACGAAUGGCGCUAUGCCUUCCGCGAAUUUUCUGUCCCUGGUGACCGCAACAAUGUAGGUGGCAUUCUUGGUAUCGACCCGAGUAGCUACGACAAGAGUGUGGCGGAACGGCCGAAGGAAUCUGAAUCGGAUGGAGAUAGCGCAAAGAAAGACACGAAGAUUCGCAUCAUGAAGAGAGAUGAUGUAAUAGAUGCGCCGAAAGGACCGAAGCGUACUGCUUGA